AUGUCUGGGGGAAACAAUACCAAAAAACAACUCAUUGAAAAAAUUAACGAAUUGAUGGUGACACUUCAAGAAAAAAAUGAAGCCCAUGCUAAUGAAAUCAGUCUUUACCGAAAAACUUUUGAAGAACAAAAACAAGAAAUGAAAGAAAACCAUGAAAAUGAAAUCAGUCUUUACCGAGAAAUUAUUAAUGAUAAAAAAAAUGAAAUUAAAAAUUUAAUGUUAGUAAUUGAGAAAAAUGAAGAACUAUUGAAAGAAAAGGAUAAAAUCCAUAAACAUGAAAGAGAAGAAAGAGAACGGACAUAUAAACGUGAAACCGAUCUUUUACAACAAACCAUCGAUCGUUUAGAACAAACUAUUCGUUCCUUUCAAAUUGAUGAGAACAAAUGUCCAACCUUGCUGAAAACUGAAUUCAAUAGUAAUGAUAAACUAGAUCAAAAAAUGGACAAACUUGUCACAGCAU